AUGGCUACAAACACGACUUUGGUCUAUGACCUUCCUCCUCUCCCCGCGUACACGCUGGUUCCGCGCCCUCCCCUUGUUGCCGGGAUUCCGGACAACAUCCUCGCCCUGAUUCUUCCUGUUGUCGCAUACUGGACGGUGUCUAUGUUUUUCCAUCUUAUAGAUGUCUACGGUCUCUUUGCCGAUUACCGUCUACAUACGCCCGCCGAAGUUCUGACACGAAACCGUGUAACCCGCUGGGAUGUUGUAAAGGAUGUUGUCUUGCAGCACGUGGUUCAGACAAUUGCAGGUCUUAUCAUGGCGUACUUCGACGGCCAGGAAUAUAUCGGACGAGAGGAAUACGACGUGGCUGUGUGGGCGCGCCGUAUUCGCUUUUCCCAGAAGGCGUUGCCUUACCUACUCGCUGUCGUUGGCUUGGACGCAUCAGGUGUAGCGGCCAACCUAUCUCAGAAUGGACACAAGAUGCUCGCCGGGGCUAUUGCAGGUGGAAAAUACCCUGGCAUCACCCAGUCUGUCAUCUCAUCGACCGGCACUGAGACAGUGGCGCCUGCUUUUACUGCUUGGGAGAUGGCUUUGGCCAACUUUAUUUACUGGUAUUUCGUCCCUGGACUGCAGUUGCUCUGGGGCAUUUGCGUGGUAGAUACUUGGCAGUACUUCCUUCACCGCGCGAUGCAUAUGAACAAAUGGCUUUAUGUGAAGUUCCACUCACGCCAUCACCGCCUCUAUGUCCCAUAUGCCUUCGGUGCUCUCUACAACCACCCAGUGGAAGGGUUCCUCCUUGAUACUGCCGGUACUGGCAUUGGUUUCUUGACAUCCGGAAUGACCCAUCGUCAGAGCAUGUGGUUUUUCACUCUAUGUACCAUCAAGACAGUCGAUGAUCACUGUGGCUAUGCUUUCCCCUGGGAUCCCUUCCAGCAUCUCACAUCUAACAACGCCGCCUACCACGAUAUUCACCAUCAAAGUUGGGGUAUCAAGACGAACUUUUCCCAGCCAUUCUUUAUCUUCUGGGACCGACUUUUCGACACCCAGUGGAAGGGGGAGGUGAAGCUGCGAUACGAGCGUUCCCGGGAGGCUGCUGAGAAGCAGAUUGGCGGAGGAGCACAGCAAGAGUCCGAUGCUGACACCGAUGUGGCGUCUGAGAAGCCCGCCCAGGAUGCCGCAGUCGUCUCAUCAGAGGAUUCCGCAGAACGAAUGACGCGGAGCCGUCUCCGCAAGAAGACAGCUAACCUGUCUCCGAGCGUUGAUUCGCUGAAAGGCGUGAAUCACGGCGUGGCUAGCAGUGUCCUAUAG